AUGAAAAAGAGAAGGGCUGCAAUGGAGGUAAUUGAUGUACAGUAUAUUUCAUGAUCAGUGGUGAUGUAUUCAGCUGUUUAGGAAGAAGUAUGCAUUAAUUCCCAGAUAAUUCUGGAAAAAGUUUUCUUUCUAGUAACAUUUAGUAAAAUGUAGUUACAUCUCCAUUAUCUUUCAAAUACACAAACAGGCCACAAUUAUGUCAGAUACAGGCUCGUACAGAUCUGAUGCUGAGGAUACUCUACAGCGCACAGUGACUCCAGCUCGCAGCACAGACACGGUUAGUUUCUGUAGUUGUUACCCCUUGCCCAUGUCAAUAGAAAAUUUUUGAAAAUUUUAUAUUUGCUAUAGAAGAAAUUUGCUGAAAGUAUUAAAGUAAUGAUUUUCUUAUCCAUUCACUUUUCUAUUUUUUCUAAUAUCUAGCUUUCUUUUCCAUAUAAAUCAAUACUACUAUAGCAUGAGACUAUUGCACUGCGUUCAGGGUAUAGAUUAUCGACCAAAUGUGUUGUUAAGAUGGCAGGAAUAUCAAUUAAGUUUUUCUCCUCUAUUUUUGUGGCCAAUAUGAUGUCAAAGUGGGUAUCACCCUUAACAUGUAAGAUAGGUCCAUCUUGCUGGCUUGGACAGCCAAUCAGAACACAGGUUUCACUUUAUUUUGCCCACUUACAUACUUAGACAUAUCAUGAUAUUCCUUUUUGGAUCAUUUGUUAAUUAUAGCCUGUAAGACUAGUAACUGGGACAGAGGUAGAGACUCUUAGUCUAGCAGGAGAUACUAUGGUUGAGGUGAGCCUUUCAAAAAAAUUUAACAUGAAUUAUUUAAUUUAUGCAUGUAUAUUCCUUUAAUAAAUUUUAUCAGCAGUAAAAUGAGAAAAAUGCAUAAUGUUACCUCUACUAAUAAUUAUAUUGUUUGAAGUGCAAUUGUUUCUCACAUUACUUGGUCACUUUCUGAUCUGGAUUGAACAUUUUUAUUAUUGCAUACUGCUAGUCUUCUUUUACUGACAGUCUUGUAAAUUAUGAAUGAUGAAGUUAAAUAUCAGAGUUGUCCUUGGCUGCUUUUCACCUUCCUUCUGUUUCUUCCAUUCCUUUUAUCCUUCUCUAUGUUUACAAUUUUAAAAAAGGCAUUUACUGGGAAGGUUUUGCUUACAGUCCUUACAGGAUCUUGAAGAUGAUGGGGAUAUGUUACAGGACCUUCAGACAAGAAGGCAGCAGAGAAAAGAAGAGGUAAAAUUUUUGUUAAUAUUUGUAGGGCUGUGAGAGUGCAGUGUAUUUCGAGGAAAGCAAGUACAGGUCAUGAUGAUUCUCAAGAUGGUUGGAGUUUGCUAAUUAUAGCCUUAGUUUAUUAUUAACUGAAUUUGACUUUUAUUAGCAUAAAAGUGAACUUUUGAGAUUAGAGUAAAACCAAGCUUAAAUCUUAGUGAACAAUGUAAUAAUUUUUGUCCUUGAGGAGCGAAAACUUUGCAAGGAGUCAUGGACAUCAGUUGUUAUCUUCACACUGGAAUAUUUCUUUUAUUUCUUGUCCUACACUUAAAGCUGUAUUUCUAUCACUUUUUCAGCUUUCCAAUACCUUUGGUGGAGCAUGGGGAGAAGAAAGGACCGAUCCAGAAUCACUAUCUGCAGGUUGCCUCUUUUUCUAACUUUUACAAUUACAUAUAUAGUUGGUUCAUAAUUAGCCUAAUUACUUGGACUUCCUAUGGAAACACCAAACUUUUUAACUACCUUGUAGUUAUUGUAUAUCACCCAAAGAGGCACUACUGGCAUGUCUGUGUAGGUGCUGAUUAUCAAAAACUUUUAUAGAUGAAUGAUUAAAGGGGGUGCAUUUCUAAAGAAACUGUAGUGCUUUGACAAUGAAAGAGGUAUAACAUGAUAAUUUGAUUUUUAAGUUUCUUUGGUCUGCAACAUACAUGUAGAAUAUGAACAGUCAGUCAAAAAGGAAAACAAGAAUGCACACGUACAGCUGAUUGCUCAAAGGGAUGAUUUCCUUUUAAGGUUACAUGAAGUGUCGGAAACAUGGACAAGUUACCAUGUCCUGACUUAAUCAACCUCUAGUUGAUAAUCAUGUAACCUAAAGAAGAGGCUUUUUCUUUUCAAAGUUUGGAUAAUGUAUGUAAAUUGUAUAUUCAUUUUCUUUUUCCCCUUUCCUCAAUCAACACUCCUUGAUCAGUCUGUAUUGAUUAUUUUCAAAGGUCCCUCCAGGCUUAGUGAGCCAGGUCCUAAACUUCAGCAAAUGAUGGAUUCUGGCAAGUCCUCAAGUCUGAAUGCCUCCAUAAGAGAAAGGCUCAGAAGUAAAGUGCGAGGAAAGCAGGUAUUUCUUAAACACCACAUGCAGUACUAUUGGUAUGGGCAUGGCAAAGGAGAGACAUUAUCUACAGCUAAUCUACAUCGAUUUCCAAUUUCAGCCAAGCUUCAUUUAAAUGAUGCAUGAGCAGUGAAAGUCCACUGUAACACAAGUAUCCUAAAAAAAGUUCCAAUAAUCAUGUAAACAUGUAGGAAGGGUUUCCAAAUUUAUAUCAAUUUGAAUUAAUGCACAUGUCAUGUUUAGUGUUUAUUUACAACUUAAUAAAAUAAGAACUUUUCACCCAAAAAAGGGAAGGGGGCUAUUAGUGGAUAUCCACCACUAACCACUGGCACUGAGGUGAAUAGUUGCUUAGUAUACAUUGAAACAGUAGCUAAAGAUAAAUUAAAUAUAGCUCAAAGCGAUGUUCUUGACCCAUUUGUUCCUGCAAUGAUUUUAGUAUUUUUGGCACAAAUCUCACUUGAGUUACCUGUGGGUUAAUAGCAAUUGAUAUUUGGAGUUUGAGUAAAGAGUGCACCUUCAUAGCUAUCCACUCCAACUAGUUUUUCUUAUAUGUACAAAAUGAAUAAACAUAUUGACAGACACACCCAAAAUUGUAAUUCUCUGAAGUCUGGUUAUACCUCUUGUUUUAGGCAGUUCCCAGAUCUGGAGAUGGAGAGGUAAACUUGUCUAAUUACUCUAGAUUUAUAAAAAGAUCUGAAACACUGAAAUAAGGCAGAAAAGUUUAGUUGCAUAAGAGCAAGAACUUUUAUCUUUUAAACCCUUUAACAUCAAGAUCACAUUUGUAAUUCUCCCUACUGUCAACCAUACAAUUCUUAUAAUGUUAGUUCAGAGAAUCUAGUAUUGGAUCAACUAAGUAUCCCCAAAUUGAAUGAUGUUUUUUUUUAUUCUCAUCACUUAUCUGAUUGAUAUUGUAUUGAUGUUGUUAGGAGAAAUUCUGUCUUGGAUACUCAUGGGAGUUAAAGGGUCAAAGGCAGUUCUCAGCCAUUUUAAACUGAUUUGUUUUUAAUGAUAACAUUUCUUUUGGUGGAAUUUUUUCAGUCGUUUAAUAUAAAAUUACAUUCCUCCUUUUGUUUCCAUCAGGGCACACCAGAACGAAGACUGCGUGGCCUAAGGGACAGACCUCUACCAACAAGAUUUGAUGAUGCAGGGGUAAGGUGGUCUGAAGAAGAAGGUCCAUUUAGUCAAAUUGCUUAUUUUAUGAUGACAUGAAUUUCUAUGUUUUAACUUAAAUAUCAUGAAAUUUAUUAUUCAAACUAAUUUUUAGCAAAUCUUUACAUUAAUAUGGAUUUUCUCAUGAAGCAGGAAUCAAUUAAGUUAAAUGCAAAUUGCCAAUCAAAUGUGAGGAGUUGAGGUUGAAAUUUGUUUGGUUUAUAAUUCAAGGCAGUUGUAUGUUCCACAAAAUAAUAACUUAUUAAACAAUAUUGGGUGCAUUUUCUCUGAUUAUAUACUUUUAGUGUAUAGUGUUUGUAAGAAUAUUGUCAGUGUAACUUCUCCUUGUAUCAUAAAUUUAUUACUCUCUUUGGCAUACAAUCCUGAAUUCAUUGUGGUGUACAGUUUUUCCUAAUACAGUUUACAGACAGUAUAUGAAUAUUGCUUUAAUUUGUAUUAAUGAACAUACUUUUGAUGAUAUUGUGAUUUAAGAUUAAUGAUUGUGGUAUUGUCACUCUCCGUUCAGUCAUUGAUAUCAAGGCUUUCUUGCAGAGCCAGUCAUAUUAAUCACAAGACAAUCCCAUUUCAAGUAAAUGAAAUAUUUUCUCAAUGACUUUGAUUUCCCUUAGCUUUUACGUGAUGUUCCAGAAGAAGAUGACACAGAAGAUGCUGAACUUCAAGCAAGCAUAGCAAGUGCGAACAGGUGGAGAAAGAUGGCUGCACUGACAAGACAGAGAGCUGCAGAGGUAUUUACAUUAUUUUGCUACUUCCUAGUUAGUGUCUGGUAUUUUUGUUUUGAGCUGAGUCUUAACACUGAAUGACAGAAGAACCUGACCCUACACGGUACACAUUCGACAUGAAUAAAAUUUAAAAUUGACCCUCAAAGAGCUAAAUUUGAUGAUUGUAUAAUUUGCUUUUGAGACUGUUCAGGCAUGAAAAAUAUAGUGUUAGUAAAAUUUACAACUGAUGGAGCCAAAAGAAUAAUUCAUACCUCAAAAUGAAGUUAAUUAAUUGUUUGGGGUGCCAAUUUUAAAUUUUCAAAGGAACUGAGUUACAGAGAUGUGAUGCCCACUCUUCCCAGUUUUCAAAUACAUUCAUAGUGGUGGUAUUAAGAGUUUCUCACAAAUGGUAUCUUAAAAGGGGUAAGAGUUUUGAACUCGGGGCCAAGUAACUGCAAAUAAGCACAAUACAGGAUGCCCCCUGCUUAAGAAGUUGCAAUAUUUAUUCAGCUUUUCGACAUAUUUAGAAGUUAAACCCCUUAUUUGAAUGUAUACUUUAGAAUCUGAUGUAAUAGUGUAAGGGAAUUUUAAGUCAAAAUGAAUUAAAUAUUCUUUGAUUAGUAUUUUCCAUCAUUCCAGAUAAAUCAGCAUUCCUUAAAUGUGGGAAAUUAUGAAUCUAACUAAUUUGAAAUAGUUUUUCAAUUACAACAUGCACACUUGAUAUUUAUAUUGUAAGUGUGGUUUUACUGCACUUUUGUCAGGGUAUUCCCACAGAAGAAGAAGCAUUCAAUUUUUUUGUGGGAAAAGAGACAAUGGACCAAGACAAGAAAGGAGCAGAAGACACUGAAGAAGAACCUGAGGUAAUAUAAUUAUUUGCAGUGCAUCAGAUCACCCAUUCUAGUUAUUAAUACUUUGGGCAUUUUGCUAUGAUAGUUCUGCAGAAUGGAGUUUAUAAUUAAGUUGUUCACACAUUUGAUUAAUGAAUAAUUGUUAAGUAUACAAAGUACUAAUUCAAAAAUUGAUUGUCUUAGGAACCAACUGAACAACCACUAAGAGAAAAUGAACUCUUGACAUUCUGGGGCAAGCCUCCCUAUAAACCACUGGCAAAACAACUAGAGGAUGAGAUGAAGCUUUACAAUAUACCCAGUAUGAGAUCUGGUAAGAUCCUAUACUGCUCUUGUAAAGAUGUUGUAAAAAAAAUACAUGUUGUGCAUUUUAACUUAACACCUAUAGAGUUGUGAUGUUGCAUGACAUUGUAUUUCAUUAAUGAAGUCUAAUGCCAUCACCAUUGGACUGUGUAGUAAUUAAGUUUGUUACAAUGCAUGUAAGUUGUUUUGCUUGCAUAGUAGAUCCAGAGAAGACAGUUUUCAGUUUCAAAACAACCAGUUUAUUUCAUACAGUUAAAUCAUUCCUACAUAAGAUCCAGGAUAUUUGCCCCAAUAGGUGUGCACCCUCACACCUCGAAUUACAGAUAAACAGUUCCUAUUGUAACAAAAGAGAAUACAUAAUUUAAUGGUGCAGUGGAAGAGUGCCCAGCCCCUACUCCCCCAACAAAUCCUAAUCUUAGAAUCAGGUGUAAGGUGACUUUUUUGGUUCACUUGUCAUCCUUUCCUGAAGGAGUUUUUCUCAAGGUUUUUGUCCCUACGUAAAAACUUACUCUCUAACUAAUGUUUUGAGUAGUAGAUAGCAGAUAAGAAGAGAUACCUAGUGGAUUUAAGUUUAUUAAAUCUGAUCUGUUUUUAAUCCAGAUUUAUUUUCAUACGUGCCCAUGCUAUGUCAUCAUGUUAAGUGUAAAUCAUUUCCUUAAAACUGGCAAAGAACUGUUUUAUAACCUACAAGAAACUACGUUGAGUUGUACUCCUUUUUCAGUUCCAUUGGAUGAAAAAGUGCCUGAAGGUGCUGAGCCUCGAUUUUGGGAAGAAGAAGGUUUCUAUGUGGGCAAACCACCACAAGUUUCUCCUGCCAAUUUGAACAUCAUGGAAAACAGGAUGAAGGAGGGUAAUCAGACCCAAUGGUUUGGAGAAGAUGGCCAACUAAAGAGGUUAUCCUCACCCCUAAAGGAAAAACCAACCAGGCCCCCAGUUAUAAACUUUGAGGAGAUUGAUCCUCUGUUACAAACAGAAUGGAUAAAGGUAUGAUUUUGUAAAAGUAUAACUCUAAUUUUAAAACAUUAAGUUCUUCUUAACUGAGCAUGAGGGCGGUACUAGAGGAUAUUGGCCUGAGGUGUGAGGUCUGUACAAAAACAUCAUAUUUCCCAGUGCAUGUUGAGGAAGCAAGGUUGGUAAGUAAUUUAUUACACAGCACUUGGACUAAACUUGUUUAUUUUUAAUUUGUAUCAAAAUGGUCUGUAUGGCAAAAUCCUGACCAAAACCAAUCAGAAUUGCAAUGAGAAGGUCUGAGGUUCAAUUCCUUAUGGGAACACAAAGUUUUUUCUUCAUCCCACACUCGUGACAAGAUGAAAAACAUCUUUCCUCCAAGGUCUUGCAUGUUGCUUGUCAAAAAAAUUUAGUUGCCUGUGGCUGUGCUAUGUUUUGGGUCAGAGUCUUUUCUUAUCUCCUUUGUUUAGGCCCAAGUGGAACCAUUUGAUGGUAGAUUCAUAGGCUUAACAGGUAAGAUUAAGAACUUGGUUUUGUAUGUAUUUCUGCAUACAUUGAAUGGCUUUUUCUGCUUCACUAUUUUUGUGCUCUGGAGGUUUUAGUUGUAUUGUGUUUUGCUGGACCUCUCAUUCUUUUUCUUAUGUAGAGGAAAUUUAUUCAGAUUGACUGGUUUGAAUUUGAUCUGGUUUGGUUUAAUUAAUUUAUUUUAAAACACAUGACUGGGAGAAGGUCAUGUUUUGUUGGAGCAAGCAUUUCUUUUUGUUUUGUUGGAGUAGGCAUUUCUCCAUUUCCUCUUUAUUCAGCCUUGAUCCUGUUUUUGAGAAUCUAGGAUUAAAGAAUUUAGUUUUGUGGGUUUUUCAACUAGCAUUUUAGUCUUAAGGUAAUUUACAUUUUAUGUGGUUACUAUUAUUUAUUAAUCAUUCAUAAAUAUAUGGGUGAAGAACAUGAGUUUUUCUUUAUUUUCAUAGACGAGGGAGAUGCUCAAUAUCAGCUUGAUGUUGAUUUAUCCACUCUGACUUUCACCCAUCAUCCAUUGUUCAGCAAAGAACAUGUCUUAGCCUCCAGACUGCAACAGAACUAUAAACAGUAUACAGAGAGAAGGAGAAAAGCUCUUUCCUUACACUAUUCUGACAAGGUGUUGUUCAUGUUAACAAUUGCAUACAAAUAUGAUUAACAUGCUUCUUUUGACUGCUUUGUUUUUCAACCCGUUACACUCUAUACAUUUCCUAUGGUGCUGUCAAGAAAUAUUUGUUUAUUAUUGCUUUCUCAACCAGUAGUCUGUCUUUCAACUAGUUUUUUUUAUGAUGAAGUAAGAACUCCACAUUGUAGGUGAGGGUAGUCCUGUAGAAGGACUGUUUUGAGCAACCUUGUGACCAGGAUCCUGUCUCUUCCUCCCUCAAGUAAGGACACUGGGAAUGAGGUUAUGCUUUGACAUGCACUGUCAAUUAUGUUUUGGGUGAAUUUGACUUAGGUGGUUGAAAUGUCAUCCUAUGUCACAGGACUCCCCUCACCAAGAUGCUUACAGAAUACGGUCUGUUUUUUCAAACCAGUUCCUGAAAAACUGAUUUUACACUUUGCCUUAAUAUUGAUACUUUUCCUUUCAGCUGACAGCAUUAAAGAUUGCGCUUCAUCAGCUUCAAGAAAAUGCAGAAAAAGUGGUAAGGUUGCCGUUAGUCUAAUUUUAUACAAUCUCAAGUGUGGUACUUUAACCUCCUAAAUAUGCUUGACAUUUUCAACUCAGACAGCUUGAUAAUAAUUGUUCUGUCUGCAGUGACAUUAAACCUUAGCUGUGACAUUUGAAUGAUUUUAUGAAUUCUUUAAAUCACACAGGGAAAAGGAAAAACAAGGGCAAUAUCAAUAUCAGAUACAAACAAAAGAAUAAAAGAGUACAAAAAUCAAAUCAGGUUUGAGAGAAUUUUUUUUUUUUUACUAACAUGAUUUUUUUAUAUAAAAGCAAAGGGUGCCAUAUACUUUCUGCACCUUUCAACGUAGACAUAAAAUUUUGACAGACUGCACUGUUUUGAUAUUUUAACGGGUAAUGUAAUCUUUUGGAAAUAGCCUUAAACUGUACUUAAAAAGUCUUGCGUGGAGCCCACCAGUUUGAAUAUUGCUCAGCAAACCUGCCACCUAAUUGUAUUGCAACAAAGUUCCAUUUUUCUCUCUCUCAACUUUUGACAAUUUUUUUGAACAAAUGAGAACAAUGGUAACCAGAGAGCACUUCCUUGCAAGUUCAAUUGUGGGAUAUCAUGCACGUGGGACCAGGUUUCUGACUUUUAUCCAAACUAGCGGUCUCCAAAGUUGAAUUUUAAACACAAAGAAAAUUUUGGAACUCCUAGUUUGCUCUUUGGAAUAUCAUAAUUACAUGGUUACUCAAGCGUUCUUCUCAUUUGAAGUUUUAUCACUCAUAAAAAUAUGCAGCCUCUUAGAGGAGGACCCUGACAAAAAAUUUAGCUUAAAAAAAUGCAGUUGUUAAUUCAUCUUGUUUUGGAGAAGACAGCUCUCUCCUUCUCUUCGGUGGGUCUUCAAUAACAGUCCACUGUAGUGUAGUUGAGCACUCGCUCUUAUUUUAUUGUUUGUGCCAUUUUACUUAGAGGAUGUGGAGUGUAAUAAUGAGGAAUCACCAUCACUGAUAUAUGAAUCACCAUGACCACUGAACCCGUGAUGUCAAAUGUUUCUUUUUUUAAAUUAAUUGUUGAUUUUCAUUUGCAUUUUUUAACAGACAAACAAGGAAACUAAGAGAUGCAGAGGACCACAGCGAUAGAAUUUUACUUAAGAACAUGUUAAGGUAAGUUGGGAUGUUUUUGUCUGAUACUGAUGUCUGAACUUAAGAAUAUUUUGUUAAGUGUUAUUAAUGCUGUAGAUAAGUAUUUUUUUACCAUUUCUUAUUCUUUGUUUGUGUUAGGUGUUGGCGUGAAAUUAAGACUCUUAGAGAAUACCAGGGUUAUGUGAACACGCAGUUAAAGCUGACGAUAAAAAGGUAUUGAAAUUGUUUGACAUUGUUUAGAAUACAUAUUGUACAUACCUCUUACUAACUGAGCUCAAGUCCGUAAACAGGUUUGGGAAACAAUUCUGGUUACACACAGGUCGUCCUCGGACUGAUGCACGUGAAAAGCUGAAAAAGUCAGUUUACACAAAGAAAACAAGAUAUUCAAACUCUUACUUACUCAUAGAAAAUGAAGGAAAACUGGCGGUUGAUAACGAGACUUUAGCAACUAAAAUGGCCAGUAGAGUGAAGCCCUUCAAAUUAACUAAUCACAGCACGCUUAGCAACUGAGUGAUGUACCAGUUGAAGUUUGUGUACAAACUCUAAAAGAUAAUCAAUUUGUUUAGCUGUAAAUCGCAUCUGUCUACAGCUUCACUGUCAAGAGCAUUUUCUACAUUUUCUCGUCAAAUAAGAAUGGUAACAACACAACGUAACAACUUAGGGCUCUAAUGUCAUACAGUACAACGCCGCACUAAACGUACACCAAACUACACCAUUUUAGAAGAUUUUUGGGUUAACGCUCUCACUAAAACCUGAAACUCUUGGCCAAAAAUGACGUAAAUAACUGAAAAGAAAAAUUUUUAAUCUUUCUUCGAAAGGCACUAACUCUAAUAAAACAUUCUGACUCGUGGGUUUCUGUAUUCUUUUCGUAGAGAGGAAACAAGUAAAGAUGAGGAUCAAGCAUCGUUUGAGGAAGAAUUAGCUGAGGAACUACAAGAAAAAAGGUUCGGACGACUUUCACUAGAAGAAUAUUAAUUAAUUCGUAUUUCUUGAUUGAUAUUUUCUUGAUGUUACAAUUUUUAAUGAAGUGAAUUUCAUUUAAAAAUUUUUAUCACAAUCCUAUAAGGGAAAGAUGAACCAUUAAAAUUUGCCUCGCUCCCAACAUGUGGCAUCUUAACUCAGUUGGUAAUAGCGCCUCACUAAUACCCAGGGACGCGCGGAAUUAGGGCACAGGUCCGAAUCCCAUCAGUCCACGCGAGGAUCAUUUCUUUACUUGCUUGUCUUUUUAUGUGCCUCACCAUGAUGAAAACCGCAACCUUUUUUGCUGACAAUCUUACGUUUUUUCCACACAAGCGCCGAUCGUUUUGUUACUAUGGCGACUAAAUUUGUAGCAUUAGUCGCCAAUCUGGCGAACUGCAUGUGUUCGACGGUGAUAUAGCAAAUUAUGGUUUUCUUCAUACAUACUGAGAUUUAAAAGUCUGUGUAGAAUUCGUACGAAAAUACACAACCAACCAAUCAGAAAAGCGAACGACUGAGAAAAUACAUCAUUCGUCCAAUCAGAGACACGAAGAUAGUGCUUCACAGAGGAGGGUAACAAGCGCGAAGCUUUCAAUUAAAACAAAAUGGAAGAAGACGAAUCAAGAUUUGCUAUCCUUGAAGGACCAAUAGAUGACUUCAUAGAUGAACGAGAAAACAAAAAACACUAGAGCAAAGACCGCGAUGCCAUUUAUAAAUUGAAUGAAUUUGAUUUGGCGGUGUUUAUAAUAAAAUUUGCUCUCGCACCUGAAUGGCUUCCCAGCUUUGAAAUGCGUCGGUCAGUACGAAAAAAUCUUAGUAUGUACAAAAUAAAAACAUUAUACCAUAGAAAGUGCUAAACGAUUUUUAUACUGUCAUUGCGAUGCAUCAAAAAACUCACUUUUUCACAACUAUGAAAAUCCCAUGGAAUAAUCUCUAUUUACAUCUUAUGCUUCACACCAAAGCUCAUGUUUAAAAGUUGUUUUGUUUUUUUUUUUUCUUCAUAGAAACUAUUUAACUGAAUAUUUUUGACUUGAAUGUAGCACAUUGGAAAUGCAAGUUAGCAAGUACUUGAAUCCAAUGGAAAAUCAAGUUUUUCAGUUCUCUGUUUAUAAUUUUCAUUCAAUGAAAACCAGUUUAACAAAACAUGUUUUGCUGGUGUGAAUGGGGUAUUAGUUUUACUGGUCUCAUCUUUCGUCGUUUUCCUUUAUGAAACUUUGCGUUCUCCUCUUCAGUUGCUCUAAUAUUAAGUUUUAAAAUGUUGCAUGAAUCUCUAAAAACGGAUAUCAAACAUGCUGCUUAAUACAAGACUAGCGGUGUGGUUUGGCUCUCGUGUGGUAUUGUGUGAAGUGUUACUUUUUUCAUUUGGUGACCAUUUUAUUAUUUUAAUUCGCCAAAUGGCGACUUUGAAAAAACUUGUACUCGAAGAACCGGACGAAAGGGAGGGGUGACAACAGAGGCUCAUGGCGAGGCUGCUAAGAGGGGAGAUCAGCAAGGGUGGGAUAUUCCCUCAAUACAACACAACUUUUUGUACCCAACCGGUUUACAAUCCUCCUCCUCCUGCGACUUUAACAGUAACUCCUUGGAGAUGUAAAUUAAUUCCCUCAGGAAAUUCUAUCAAUUUCAUUUAAUUAUUUUUACCCAGUUUUGCUUAGAUUUGAAAAGAAGUACAUAUUGUAACUGAAUUAUUUCUUUGCUUAGGGAGGAGUUUGAUGAAGAAUAUCGAAGCAAACAAGAGGAGUACGAGGAGGAAUUAAGAGAGUGGAAAAAAGAAGCAAAGAGAAGGGUACAUGAUGUCUCAUUGUUACCCACUUUAGCCACUGAUUCCCAAAGGCCCGGCCAAACGCGCGCAACAUUUCAACUUGACAUCUUGCGAUAUAUUUCGCUCGCAACGUGUUGCACAAGUUUGGCUUUCCUUUAGCAACAUGUUGCAAGAUGUUGGAUCAAGUUUGAAAAUGGUCAAAUUUUUGUUGCCACAUUUUUGAAUGUUGCAAGAUGCUGUGUGCGUUUGGCCAGUACCUUCACAGUAUCUCACAACAUGUUCCAACAAUGUUGCAAGAUGUUGCGUGUGUUUAACCAGGCCCUAACGUAUGCAUCUUUGUAACGAGUAAAGGUAGAGUCUGCACGGGGGCUCGGUGGCUGGGACUCGUUUUUCACAACACAUAUUUGACUAUGAUCAUUGCCAUUCCCGCCCCCACCCCCCUGGAUAAAAUGCUGGUCCAUCGCUAGUUAACUAUAGUGAUUGGUCCACUUUUCCCCUUAGUUAUCGUAGUUAUAGGGAGGUGCAGCGACACAGUGGUUAGCGCGCUAGGCUCCUGAUUUAGAGGUUUGGGUUGGGGUUGGGUUUACUUUUGUGUUCUUUAGAAAUCAUAUUUGCUCUGUAUUUUGACACUGAGUCUGCUUACCUAUCGAUUCUUUAAAUUUAGUUUGUUGUAAUUGAAAUUUGUGAAACAGAAAAGAGCACGCCAGGAAUCCCAAGAGACCAGCCUAGUUGAAGACGAAGGUGGAACAGAUGGACGUAAGUGAAGUUAACCUGUAAAAUCAACGGAAAAAUAAUCCUCUUGAUGCAAAGUGUUCUUCUUAAAGGCCGUAGGGAGUCUAUCAUUGAAAUUUAGAAUAAUUGUUACGCAAAAUUUAUGCAGACUUCCUUGUUGGUGAAUUGUCGGAAUAACUGAUGGAGCGCUUGCAGCGCAAGGCCCACUUUCCGGUGCCGUACUCUUGUGAUUGUGCGCUUCCGCAGAGAAUGUGUCAAUAGCAGGAUUAAGAUCCGCAGUUUCGAAUUUUUCAUUAGAUUUUUUAAUUUGGUUCGAGUGCUCCUGCGUCACCGCAGCCUUAUGAUCAAGUGAAGUGUAGUGAACCAACUGCUUCCGUUGUCCCGCAAUCGUGCAGGCGAUGAUUAUACUGAUGUCCUCUGGCUUUUGAUUUUAAGUGUUAAGAACGACUCGUACACGAUAUUUCACUUCUGACACUUCUACACCUUAUGACUGUUCUUACGUUGCUUAUUUACUCGCACUGGAUUAAGAGAAGAGAAUUUGUAACCUUGCGACUUUUGGUUUGACAUUGAAACAACAAAGCAUAUCGGUACACCUUGCAAUCUCUAGGUUAUUCAUGUAAAAACGAGGGACUAUGGAACAGUCGGAACAGUCGUUGAAAACGCGUAAUAAGUGUGCCAGGUAUCUGAAAUCUGUUGUUGUAUUCCUCAGUCCCUCCUCGGCCCACCCGUCCCCCGAAGUUUGACGAGGCAGGAGAGUACGAGAAACUUAAGCAGAAUGCCUUGGAAAAGAGACGCGCUCCAGGUACAAUGUGGUAACAGCAACAUGAAACAUCCGUAGCAGUUUUGUUUGUUUUAAACAGUGUGCCUUUCGUCACCUGCAUUUGCGAUAGUAAAUGGUAUCAGAGAAAUCUUCUAAAGUGUUUAAGUUUCUGGGAAAAUUUAGUUUUCAAGAUGGCAUAUCUGAAAUAAAUAUGAUAUGGAAUAGGUAGUAGAAUAUUAAUUUUGAUUACACUAUGGUGGAUGUAAUAAUUGUAUCAAUGCAUUUUACUUCACAUAUCAAUUUACUUCAAAAAAAAUUGUUUCCGGAAAAACUGUUGUCCUAAUCAACGAUAUGGAUCAAAAUGAAGAUCCUUCCUUAUUACUUGAAACCUACUUCUCAUGUGGAAGGAACUACAAUGACUCAAAAUGUUACGAAGUGGCUCGUUUGAUUAAGAUUUCAAUGAAAUUAGAGUGAUUUUUAGUUGAGUAUCGUAAUUAAUCCAAGAUUGCAUUGAUUUUUCUUAGCUUCCCUCUUUUAUUCAUCUGAAAAUUCACGCUAUCCCCUCUAUCAAUCAGAAACAAAACCAGUCGUGGCGUGGUUAUCUUCGUUUGCUCUCACUUGUGGAAGUUUGCAUGUGAUCACUUUUCCUCUGAUCGUCAGACACACAGUCGAAAAGGGCCUUAAUAUUCCCACAAUUGCCUUUGCAGGAGAACCUAUCCUCGUCCCAGAACUUCAAAUGGCAGCAAAUGUUACCCCAACUGAUCAGGUUACAAGGUAUUGUGGCAUUCUUGGUUUUGAGGAAGUACCCAUCUUUAGAGCAUUUCGUAGUCCACAGUGGUUGACUGUUUAAAGUCUCUUAGUCUUCGUAGGAAGAAUUUGAAAUAGUAAGAAUAGCAAAAAGGGAGCGGAAAGUAUUAGGAACUGACUGUACAUGCUGUAGUUAUUGUUAGGUCUUGCUUUAUUUGUGACUGUUUUUUUAUAUUUUUACUAUUCAGACCUGAGAAACAGAGGCGCACUGAAAUGCAAAACUGGUCUGCAUUCAUUAAGGUUUUGUUCAAUGGCAAAGAGGUGUCGAGGACAAUCGUCAAGUAAGUUGAAUUUUCCACACUUACGUAGUGCACAUGCUACUCUAUGUCAUCAAGCAGUAUGACGAAGAGAAACCUUCAACCAGAAGUUAGCUCGUCAUGGCUUCAAUUCACUCAUGGCUAAAACGAGAGCUAAUGUGGCGAUAGUUUUGAGCUUUGCUUUGUAGUCUUGUCCCCUUCUUUUGAUUUUGUUUUUUAUUGUUGUUGGUGGUGGUGUUAUGUUGAAUAGGAGACUGUCAAAUGACUUUACUAUCCACUUUGGUGAGAUACACAACAUUCAGAUUGUCCAAUGGCCAGAGAACAUCAAACUCCAGGUUAGAAACUUUGUACUUUGUCCAUUGUUUUAAUUGUUUUUUCAGUGCUUUGUCGUUGGGCUUUGAAAGGGGGUUUUUGUAUUUAUUUUUCGUUAAAGAUGCUCUGAGCUAUAGUCAGUAAAUAACACGCGUUUUCAGGGAAUGCGCCUACUGUAGGAGGUAAGACGUUGCAUGAGUAGAAUGACCGCAUUCGGGAUGGCAAAGACUUAGGCCACCUAUAGAGGAACCAUUUGGUUAUUAAAUUUAAAGUGUAAAGGUUUCAAAUUCAGUAGUAAAAAGGAAAGGGAUACGAAACUUAAUCAACCCAACCACUGGCCCUUACUGUACAAAACUUUGCAAGAGAACGACACAAGCUGUUUGAUUAGUUUUGAAAUUUUCAGUUUUGACAAGGAAACCGUUAAGAACAGUAAGCAUUACUAUUAAAAUGGUGAGCACUUCUAUUCAUUUAUCUGUAGUAGAGCAUCAUUGCUCUUGUAAUGUUUUCUUUUGUUCUCAUUUCUUUCUUUUUCUUCAUUUAUUAGUUAAUGGAAUCUGGUAUGCAAAGCAAGCUUGUUGCCGAGUUGUUCUUACCGAUUCCUGAACCGAGUCACAUGUCUGGGAGAGUGGAGCUGGGUUCUUAUGAGUUCAGUAGUGAUCAUCAGGUUUUCUACAAACAUGAAGGUGUUGGAAGUGGUGAGUACAGAACAGUUGCCUCGGAAUAUGCCUCAUCGCUACCGUGCACAAUCGGAGGAUUUCAUUCUCGGGUAUUGUUUAUCACCUCGUGGGAUACGUGUCCUAUUAGUGACUUUCUACACUAAUUUUUCCAUUCAAUAACAGCCACACACUUCUCUCUUCAAAGGUUAGACUUUAGAAGCCAAGUAGCCCAUACCUGCGAGUGGUUAUCCGGCUGUCAGCUGCAUAGGUUGAACAAGAGAAUGUCUACUUCUCCAGGAUGAAGAUGAAUGCUAAGUCCGUCGCAGUGUGGUGCACUCCCCCUUUUCUUCACCCUCCCCCCACCCCCCGUGCCCACUCUUCGCCCCCCUAACAAUUUGUUCGGUUUCUCUGAAAGUUCAUCUGUACCCAAGGUGGGUUUGGAGAAGCACUGCUUGUCUCGCCCAAGAUCACAACACAGACUCAGCCAGGGGUUGAACUUAGGUCGUUUUAUCCAGAGUCUAUCACAGAAGGCGCAAGCCCAUCGCGUCGGUUACACACUGCAUUCGUUUUCUUAUUUCAAAAUUCGCUUGGUCUUUUCCAGGGCAGCCGCUGGACUUCACCUCAAACAAUGCAGCUGAGCCGCAGCCCCCAAUCUAUCUUCUGACCUCUGGUACUGUCUUAGCGAGUGUCAGUUGGGGUGUAGGUAGUGACGGCAAAGCUAUGGCUCCACCCUUACUCACUACAAAACCAUCUUCCAAUUUAAGGUACUGUAGGUCAGAUUUGGUUCCUGCACAGUCUAAUCCAGCUUUUAAUUUGGUGAGGUGAAUGCGCUACCCUGUUUUAUAGUCGAAGGCUUCAGUCAAAAGAGAAACUAAGGCUACUCUUUACUCUCAAUCUCUUUACCUCUUUUUUUUCCCAAUGAGUGAUGAAAUCAAUACUUUUGUAAAGUCCUUAAAAAUGAAAUAAUAAAACAGACAAAACAACAGAUCAAAGAACAAAAUUGACAGACUUAUGAACUUAGUAGAAGGCUUGCUUCACCAGUAAUUUUUCUCUGGCUCAGUCGUAGAUCAUCGGAGCUCGAAAUCCGAAUGUUACGGUUCAAUCCUCGUUUGCGAAUCAUAUUCUCUCUCGUAACAAAACGAAUGACAUAUUUCCCCAUUCAAAGAACGAGCUCAAAAUUUGACAUCUGUGGUGUCCUAUUUACAAAGUUGACGUUUAUCAUUCUGGGUUUUCGCUCGUUUUCGCUUUUAAGUUUGUUUUUAAUGUUAUAAGAGAUUAUCGGUUUGCGAUCUCUUGAUUUUACUCGUAUCUUGUUUUGCUCUUUUAUUUUUCUGCAUAUUCAAUUUAUUUCUUCCCAUCAGUGCCAUGAAGCGGUACGAUGCAUUGGCAGCUUUGGGAGCAGCAGGAAUGGUUGACAUACAAAAUGUAAUCAAAUGGAUUGGUAAGUGGAAGUUGUUGGUAGAAAAAAAGAUUUCUGCUUGUUUUUGACGGUGGUCGAUAGAAACAGCAAGUCUUCAGGGUGUUUUGCUAGAACGGCUGUAAAUUGUAAUUGCUGUCUUGUUAGUGGCGUGAUCUCUCUAGUCCAUAAAGUAAGUUCUUCCUAAUAUCUUUACGGCAGAACUCUCGGCCUUCUGGUAUUUAUGCUCUUCUCUUUCCUUCAGAGCAAUCUCAUCUGGAUCCUAAUGACCCCGCCAAUGCUGAUAUCAUGAACAUUGUCAAGGUAUUUGGUUUAUUUUCUGAAUCGAUCGUUUAGUCCAAUGGUCCGGGUGAGAGUAAUCCUGAGAAAAAGACUUUUGUCGGUAGUUGUCACUGACUUUGAACAAUUACUGGUGAAAGCAAACUACAUUAACCUGUAAUUACAGGUGAAAGCAUACUAAAAAAAUUGACUUUUGUCGGUAGUUGUCACUGACUUUGAACAAUUACUGGUGAAAGCAAACUACAUUAACCUGUUAUUACAGGUGAAAGCAUACUAAAAAAUUGACUUUUGUCGGUAGUUGUCACUGACUUUGACCGAUCACUGGUGAAGGCAAACUAAACCUACGCGAUCUGGGACUGGUUCUAAGGAGUAAUUGAAAAGUGAUCUAGGCAAAAAUGGGUAAAUUAGAGUAACGAGGUUGUAGUGCACUGAAAUGACUGGACUGAAUUAGUUCUAGGUCUAAAACAGAGAUGUUGAUAGCAGAGUUAUGGUUUUGCUUUGGUUCAUAGUACCAAAAAAUAAAAGGAUAUGUUUUCAACGCAAUUUAUUUUCUUUCUUGUACUUCAAUACCUUUUGCAGCUCACUCAGGGAGUACAGGAUGGACCAAAUGCUCCACAGUACUUUCGACUAAACCAGUUGGAGGAAGAGUGUGAAUUUGUCAGUCAAAAGGAGUUUGCAAAGUCUAAGCGAUUCAAGCUUAUUCAACUGAGAGACAAAGGGGUGAGAUGAGCGGCCUUCCAUUGACAGAACGUUCUGUUCAGUUUAGGAUUUAACCCUUUACACUCUAACAUCGGAAUGCAUCUGCUUUAUAUUGUUUGCCAGAUAUUUCCAAUGGCACUGACAAGGAAAGUUUGUUUUACAGUCUUAAUUUAACGUUCAUUUCCUUUCUUUUGAUGACCUUAGUGUGUUAUUCAUGGGUGAUACUGUGAGGAGAAAUGAAGUGCUUGAGCCACUCCUAGGAGUUAAAUGAUUAAAUAGAUUUCCAUUGCUACAACCUCUUCAAAAGAUGUUUGCCGACGAGGUUAAUCCCGUCGGAAGAAUUAGACCAGCUCUUUAAAUAUUUUGAAUUUAGAACGGUUUGUAUGACCUUGAUCGAUCUUAAAUUUCUUUUCAGGUGACCGAGUUCAAGAAUUUCAAAAUGAUCCCAUCACGGGACAGAGAAAUACCCGACAAAGUGUUUGACGUGAGGGUUUUUAUGGUUUUGUUCUCGCUAACUACUGUUUGAAACAUUACAUUUGUUUGGCACCUAAGCCGGAUACCUUUUCGCUGCGCGAAAAUCAAUAAAAUGUGCUAUUUUAUCGUCAAACCGCUUAUAAGUUCGUUGUUUGAAUAGCGAAGCCUAAAAAACGCGGGGGAGGGAGGGGGCGGGAGGAAACGAGGUUUGAAUUGUUCAGUGCGGCCAUUUUGUUGCUCCGUUUCCUUUCUGUCUUUUUGCCCACAUGGUGUUAUGUCUUGUCAUCUUUUGUGCAUUCCAGUGCCCUAGUAUGAUAAAAUGGCGAAAUUUUGGAGUGACAGAGUUACUUCUUAUAUAGGAACAAGCCAUAAACUAACCAAGUAGAUAGUAGAUAGAACAUGGGAAGAUUACAUCAAAAAGGAACGAGGGUGGCUCGAGAUAGAUGCGAUUUACACAGAUUGCAAAUGCCUGUUGAGAAAUCAAAGCUACAUUUGUUUUGAAAUGUUCGAAUGGUGACUCGGCUCAUCUAAGCGCUCUUUUCUUUGUCUUAAAAAGGCUUAUGAAAAAAGAAUGCGGGGCGAGCAGGAGGAAGAAGAAUCUGAAGAUGAAAUAUCAUCGCACAAAACAGUUGUUACCAAGUUUCUUAAUAAGGUACAGUUUCAAUUAGCUUUUUACCGAAAAGGGUCUAUUUUCCUACGCCCAACUCUUUUCACUAUUUAGUCCCUAGACUAUGAAAGCACUCACACCAUUUUUAGACGAUCGAAAUGUAAACAUGAUAACUGUUGCCCACUUUGUUUCUACCCCAAAAAUUAAACAUAAAAAAAGAAUGGAUAAUUAACACAGGCCUUGCCGCGACAGACCAAGAUCGCAGGAUUGAACGCGGACAAACACGGCACAUUUUAUAACUAGCAGAUAAUCGGCACAGAACAACUUCCUCAUGGUCUCUCAAGUUGCUAUCUAAGCGCUUUAGCCAAUGUCAGGGCUGUGUAUUUCGACGAAAACGUCGACUUUGGUAGGCAUUGCCUUAAUUUUUGCUUACAUCUUACAAGAUCCGAAAUGAGGUCACGCAGCGUUCUCUGGUCGCCAAACGGCAGCUCGAACUAAAGGACAUGAUCAUAGAGGACGAAGUGCCGGACAUUGGGUGAGUGUUAUUUUUGGCCACUUUUAGACUCAAUUGGUUUGAAUUACCUGUAGCAGUGCUUGCUCUUAACUUUUGUGUAACUUUUUAAGACAAUUCUUUGUAAGAUACGAAUUAUUAAAAAUUUAGUUUCAGAAGUUUUUAAGACCUUGUGAUUUAGCUUUUUUUCCACACAAUUGCAUUUUGAUCAUUUAAACCUUAAACUUAUUGUCAUUGGCUUAAUGUCUGUAUAAAAGAGAUGCGACGAAUGAAUAGUCUCUAAAUUUUCACAUCUCCGUUCUAACAAUUAAAACCCUUCACUUAUGUUACAAAACAAACCGUAACUCCACAGGAUUCUAGAUAAUCUUUCAGUCGUUGCUUUAUAUUUUUUCAGUGAGAUCGGAGUUCGCCUUGGACAGUUCUUCGCUCCCAGACGGCCGCUUCGUCCUGUCCGUAAGGAAAGAAAAGUAGUAGGAGCUCAGGUAGUUGGCAACCAUAAAAUUCCCCUUCAACCUUACCGCACCGCAUCACAGACGCCAUUGUUUUAAGAGCCUCUUCGAACCUACUUUCAGGCAUCACUUGCUAAGUUGCUAACCGUUUGAACAAAACUUUACCGUCAAGCUGCCCUCAUGGCAUCCGAUCGAGUUAACGAAAAAUCUCCUCAUUCAUCUAAUUGAGUUAUUUUUGCAGCAGUCAUUACGAUAAUACAUUGUGCACGAACACUCCAACAACCCACAAUCCUUUACUGCGCUGCUCCAACGAAAGGCCAACAUCAACUUCUCAAAAUUUCCUUUGGCGGCUAAUCUAUCUUUAUUAAAUUCUAAUUGAUUAUCAACAAAGCAUUUCAUUUUUCUCGUUAGAAACUAAUAACUUUGCUUCUUCUCAGAAUCUGACUGUCAGUGAUGUUAAAGUAUUUAUAAACGUUGUGCGUGCUUUGGAUAUCCCUGUCCGGGAUGAUGUGCAGCCGGCAGGGUAGGUGUUGGUAAUGAUAGAAAUUAAUGAUUGAUGAUUUUUAGGGGGAAGGAAAGGUUCUGUUAUUUACCUUUAGGUGCACAAAAUGAGAGUAGCAAACCAGUCCUACUUUAAGAAAUACUAUGAUCCCUCAGUUCUCGAUCCCACUGCCGUCUGUCGUGUUCUCCAAAAGGGGAUGUGUUAUAACAGAAAAUAUCUUUAUCACUCUCGCGUAUGAUGUUUGCUACAAUGCCCCCGACCAACUCUUUAAAAUUCCUGUUUUCCUUCAUAUUUUAUUGAAAAAGUUUGUUUUUCUUAACUCCCUUCCCAUGGGAACGUCUUGAGCUGCAACUGCACAACGUUGACGAGACUUUUCCUCUUCCUGAAACAGUGGUUCUUUAGGAGCCGGAGCUCGUUUUGGCGCUGGAGGCUCAUUACGCGCUGGGGCCCCUAAUAUGUUUUCAGGAAGUGGUCCUGGUUAUGGAGGGGCUCCUCCAAGUGGUCCUCAGGGAGCCCCCCGAACGACAAGUGACCCGUGGGGGAAGGUAAUGUUAAAUCAAACAUUUCUCCCGUUACUCAAAUGUAACGUUGCAUUGUGUCACGUGGUUGUUGUAAGCCAUCAUUUGAAAACGACAGCUACUCUGCACUACGGCGGCCUGUAAAUUCUGUUCUAAAUGAAAGAAAAACGAUGUAUUUUGGCAAAGAAGGAAUAACAUGGAUCCAAACCUUUAACUACGGAUCCAAACUUCUCGGCUCGGGUAAAUAGCUAUAACGAUGAGUGCAAAGUUCUAACUACAGAUGCAAAGUUUAAACUACGGAUGCAAAGUUUUAACUAAAGAUACAAAGUUCUAACUACAGAUCCAAAGUUAUAGCUACGGGUGCAAUGUUAUAACACGGAUCAGAAAAUAACACCAUGCUGAUCCAAAGACAUCGAUUCGGAUCCAAAGAUAACGAUUCGUAUUCAAAGUUAUAACUGAGGAUCCAAAGUUGUUAUAGAGAAAUUUGGGUCGUAGUUGUAACUUUGGUUCCGUGAAUAUACCUAGGGAUUUGUAAAUGUAUCGUUUUGUUGUUGACCAUAAUGUCUUCAAGAGUGUUUCUACGUAACAGACCACAGAAUUGGGUGCCAUCUCACACGAAGUAAGAUUCAAACAUUUAGUGGGUUACUUAAAGAUUGUACAAUGAGCGCGAAGUGUAUUUUGUAAAUGAAUCCUGGUUAUGCUUUAAUCUUUGACAGCCGCAAGUCCGUCCCUUCGUGGAGGCAGUGUUUCAGGGACAAUUUGCUAGUACUUCAGUAGCUGAUGGUCCCAAUCCAAGCUGGAAUGAGGAGCUUAUGAUACCCUUCAAGUAAGUUUGAAAGUUUCUUAAAUCCUCUGCACCUGGUUCAACUUGUACAGCCGUGUUAGUCGUAGAUUGUUAAGUUUAGAAGACAACAUUUCAACCUUUUUCCUUCAGCAGAAAUUUCCUUCAAUAUGCUUCUAAGGCUAACUGACAUUUUCAAAGGUUUGUCCAGAUAAAGUUGGCCUCACUGAUAUGUUUUUCAUUUUGUUCCUUUUUUGCAGAGCUCCUAACAAUGACUACUCGCCUGAGAAUCUUCAAACCGUCAACGAUGUGGUUUAUCUUAAUCUGUUCGAUGAAGUCGUAUUCAACAUUUUACAAGUUAGAAAUCAGUUUUGCACCACAGCUUGUUUCAUGAAUUUUACGCGGUUAUUUACCUGCUUGUUUUUCCUUGGCUUUUAUCUUUUACCUUCUUGAUUCACUUGCUUCGUUGUGUUCCCCCGCUCUAGGAUGAUCGCCAACAAUCCACGAAUAUUCAUCAACGACUUGAGCGCCACUGGCUGGGAAGUGUUGAGAUUCCUUUCUCGACAAUUUAUUUCAAUAAUAAGGUAUUGUGGCCAUUGUACAAUCACUUUUACGGGCACCCUCUUUUGUCUUCAUCGAGAAAUAUCAUUGGCAACGUAAGUGAAGAUGAUCUCUUUUAAGCCCGACAAUCGCAUGAAAGGCGAAUAUUUUAAGUCUGUGGUAUAGACUUAUGUAGUAAAAAUAAUAGUUCAAAUUCCUGUAAGAGAAGUUAGACUUGUAACCUUCCGAUUAGUGAGAUAAGUUGGUUUUAUCAAAUGAGUUGGUAAUGUAAAUUCGCCACCGUAAAGAAUUUCUAAACCUGACUUUUCGAUCGUUAGCCCUUCGUCAGAGCGAAUAGAGGAGUUGUGGGUUGUGUGUGUGUUUAUAUGCAGAAAAUGGAGCUACGGUAUGGGCGGGAACAUGGUAACGAGAAAAAACAAGGAUAAAUUAGUAGAAUGAAAAGCGUUUGUCGAUACCGCGGGUACUAAGAGUGCCAAUUUGCAAGGUAAAUUUUUGCUCUAGAGUUUUCCUACUAGUAGUUCGACUGCUCAACCACUGAGAUAGAGGAUUCUCCCGGUAUCUACUGACGCCAUGUAAACGAGUAGCUUUUUAAGGGUCUACACUAAAUUACCACAAGUCAACUUAAGCUCAGUGAUUACACAUCCAGAUUACUAUUUAAAAGUGAUAUAACGCUCGACCAUUGAGUUUCUUACUGUUUGGUUUUCACUGAAAGUUUACGCAAAAAGUUACUUCCAAAGGUCAACACUACGUGGAACCUAUGAGAACUGAGAACUUAAACGGCCACUCUAACGCUACGGUAGAUAACUGAUCGUGAUGGGAAGAGUGGGAAUUACCUAUAUUAAUAGCUGUCUAAUAUCUGUCAAUUCUACAUUUCAGGUAGAGGGCACCUUUCGUGUGAAUACUCCCCCAGUCCUCCUCGGUUAUCACAAGCGGGGACGUCAUUCAGGGGCACCAGCGGACUUGGGUAUUAUAUCCAGAAAUGACACUUUGCUGACACUGUUUGUGACAGUAGAACCGCCACUACAACCUUCACAACCUAUGGCUGAAAGGGUAAAAUAUGCGACCGCUUGGUGACUCUCCUUUUGACUUGCUAAACCAACCUUUUAAUUUGUUUGUUUGUUUGUCUGUAUGUUUUCUUCUUUAGUUUGAAAGCAACGAGGAUGAUAAACUUUUACAUAACGCUCAGUUGUGGCUUGAGGGCCUGAGGAAAAAGUUUCCAAAAAGAGAAUUCAAGGUUUGAUCUUGAAAGUGACACGCCUUCUUUCCGUUUUUUUUUCCAAAUAUCUGUCUCGAAUGUUAUUUAUAGAGGUUUUUAUUUUUUAUUUUCGUCAUUUUUGUUUUCAGCUUCAAAGGUAUCAUCACCUUACCAACUGAUUUCUUUUUAUUUAUAUUUUACACAUCUUGAUUGAGUGGAAAGACCGGAUGAGAGCCAAAUAUUUCCUCGUUCGGUUCGAUUAUUUCGCAUCUAAUCAUACGACCACUACGCUUGCUUUACCAUCCUUACCUAUCUCUGCUUUCUUUUGGUAGAGCCCCAUACGCAGAGCCGUGCGGCUUUCCCCCCCCCCCCCCCUCUCCACCUUUGCGACCUCGCUUGCUGCCUCUAAACGAGGAUUUUUUUCCCAAUGUUUAUCAACACGACACUCUCAAGUUGACAGGGUGUUUUACUUUAAUCAUUCAUUUGCUCGAUGUACCGAAAUUGUGAAGGGAAGUUACACGUAAAUCAGUUAGAGGUCGCUCUAUUUCACAGGCACUGGCAACUAACCUGGCAGGCAAGAAAGUGUUUUUGACCCGGUACAUCAGAUCGCAGAAUCCCCCUGAUGAGCUCCUUGAAGAAACACAGUACAAAAUGGUGAGGGUAAAAUAAAAUGUUGUUUAAUUCCCUUUUAAAUUGCUGUUCACGUAGGAAAUGUAAGUUGAACAAAGAGCGACCUCUCAAGUGUAGCCACGCGACAGCGUAGAAUGUGUGUAUAAGCUAAUUUCUAGCGCGCUUAUGGAGAUCUUUGUCGCAAAAACCGAGCACAAGUUGCUUUCAGUGUGGCAAGAACAAGACUCCAAUUUUAGCAACUCUUUUGUGUUUUCAGGAACGUAUUGCUCGUUUCGUUUCCAUGAUUCCCUUUGUAUCUGACUCUGCUGCGUUUCCGGAUCUUUGCGAUAUCUGGUCCACAUCCGAGGUAGGUACAACGCCUAAAAAGGAACAAGCUGUAGGCAAUGGCAGCCAGAAUAAAAAGGUGUCUUUUCUCUUUAAUUUGUGGUAGGAAUUCCUUCGAAUGUUGGCAGGGGACGAGGAGGAACAUGCUGUCCUACUCUGUAAUUAUUUCUUACAUAUUGGCAAGAGAGCUUACGUUGUUCUCGGAAGAGGAAUACCUGAAGGUUUGUAUACAAUAGAUCACUAAAAUAUCACUAUGGACCGGGUUUUUAAAAAAAGACCUAGCGAAUAUAACGGAUCAAUCAGUGUUAAUAUUUGACUUAGUUUAUGGCUUUGCAUAAAAUUUUUCUGGUUUUGUUUUAGUUUCCUGCAAUUUUCUCACACUACUUGACGAGGAAAUAGCCCAAGACUUAAGCCCUAAAAUAUGCCUUUGAUGGAGAAGUGAUCAAAACUUGGUAUUACUUUUGUCCUAGGAUAAGCCUUAACCGUCUUCUAAACCAACAGCCAUUGUCAUGCCUCUUAUCUGUUGAACAUGCGUUCGCUUUAAUCGUCUGUGGGCUCAAUUUCUUAACUUAAGCUCUUUUCCAGGCUCCACGGCUUAUGUGCUGACGUUGGAUGGAUCCCCUCUGUUGUGGAACGCUCACACGGGACAUAAAUACGAUGUACAGGAUACAAAUUGCCCGUUAAAGAGCAUUGGUUGUGUCUUUAAUCACGAAAAUGUACGUUUACUAGUACAAGGGAGUUAUUUUAUAAGAUUACUCCUUAUACUUAAUAGGGAGUUCCAUGGUUUGCUUGUACUUACCACAGAAGAACACUUACAUUUUAGUGGAGUACUGAUUCAUGUUUUUGUUUUCUCUUUCUAUGAGUCUUGUACGUGUCUUCGAAUCGUCUCUUGCUUCAAUUUGGAAAGCGAAGUCUUAUAGAAGCUAAAUUGCUCAUAAUAGCAACGUCCCUUUUUUAACGUACUGGCUGAAAGUGAAUUGUUAGCUUAUCAGAUCCUAGAACUGAUUCUUAAUUCAUUUUGUUUCAUUUUUUCCCUUUGUUAGAUCUGGGCUAAUAUCCAGGUGUCCGAAGAGCCGUAUCGACUGAUGUUUGACCUAACAAAGACCAACUCGUGGCAGCCUUUCUUUACAAAGUCGUAUCCAAGGCCGGGGUUACUAAGUAACCAGGUAGAAACCUCUUGAGGACAUUUUAAGAGCAGUUUGCAGUUGUCUGUUGAAGUAAUUCUGGAUUGCUAUGGUUUUUCUUUACUUCUUGCGUUUGAUUGGUCAAGAAAACUGGCGCCACUCCCUCAAACAAUCAAACGCAAGAUUUCAAACAACUCAUCGUGACGGGGUCACUCGUGUUUUCCCGUGCUUCAAGUAAUGCGCUUCUUUAUACCUCAGCUGUCAUGGCAAUAUUGAGAUAUUUUUCCUUUUUUUGUGAUUUGCUCUUGUGAUUACUCGGAUUUUGGUUUAACUUCACUCAUCAAAAAGCACUCUUACUGUAACCUUCGAUACUUAUACAAACUCUGAGAGACCAGAGGGCGGAGUGAAUACCAGUGAAACCAAACUGAUACAGUAUACAGUUUUGUUAGAGAGGUAGAGGGAAAAAAACAAUCUCGAGUUUUAGCUCACCUAAACUUCAACUAAUCACAAAAGAAUGUAUAAAGGGAGUAAGUUUCUAAAAAAACUGUGGUGCUGCGUUGGUAGGAGAGUAUAAAGAGGUAGUUUAGUGGAAACAACUGAGCUGAAAACGUAAAUUGGCCACCAUAUAGAGUCUAAAGGCUGACGUUUCGAGCGUUAGCCCUUCGUCAGAGCGAUUAACGAUGGGCUAACGCUCGAAACGUCAGCCUUUUAACUCUUUACGGUGACCAAUUUACGACGCUUUUCAACUCAGUUGUUAAUUAAAAGAAUAUAGUCUUCUUUGUUUUUGUUGGUAGCGUUGAGCAGAGGACUACCCGUGAUUAUUUAUUCGAUCAAGCAGAAUAUCGUUGUGUUUGUUUCCUUCCUCAGAGGGAAAUCCUUGAUUACAAGCGUGUGGACCAGGAGUAUGUUACUGGACUUCAAGAAAAGUACGUACUCUAUCCGUUUAAAAAAGACUGAAAUAAAAACACCGGAACAUGUAUUUGCAAACCGUUCUCCGAUUAAAUUCUGAAGAUAGUCUUCACUAUGAUGGCCGACACGGUAUCAUGACACAUAAUUUAGAUUACGUUCUUUCUUCGCUUUUUUCAGGAUUGAAAAGAUGUUGCGAGAGAAAAUUAUGUCUUGGAGACCUCGCUUUGUCACCCGAUGGAACAGGUAACGACUGCGUUAAAUGUUUCACUGUGUUAUUUUUUGCGUGGGAACUGACAACUGGCAGCCACUGGUCUAAAAGCCUCUGUUUCUCGUCAUCUGGCAGCCUUAUGGAGAUUUUUCUUUCGGAUUGUGUGUGAAAACAUAGAAUGAUAUAUUUAUUUUUCCAACAAGAUGUGGAAAAGUAAAAGAUAUUCUCAUUGGGAUUAUUCGAAGCUUAUUAUCUUAACCUCAGUAAUUGAAUUCUCCAAAGAAACAUCAUGCUAGGUUUAGAUUUGGAAUGAUAUUCGUGUUUCUUUGCCAGAUAUUGCACACAAGCAUUCAGGAGUCUUUUAGCCAGGUAAAAAGGAGUUAAUUUAACAUACAGCAGAAUUAUGCUAUUGCACGUUACGAAAGCAAUGAACUUAUUGCCUCAUCUAAGACCUCGUCCACACUAAUGCGUUUUCAAAACGCUCCGUUUUCGUCAUAUUAUAAACGCAUCGUUUUCUAUGCAUCCACACUAGCGUUUUCAUCGCGUAUUUGACUGUCCGCACUAAAACAUUCCAAAACGCAUAUUUGACUUGAAGUAACGUACCCGUUAAUCUGCGCAUGCCUGUUCGUCCUGUUCGAAUCCAAAAUCUUCUCAGUCUUUGAUAUGGCUUACUUGCCUGAGUCUUGCGUUGCGAACCAUUGGAGAGAACCAAUGCUCUUAGAAUAAAUAUUCCUCUUCGAAAAGUUAUCAGCGAAAGGGUAAAUAACGCAAUAUUAAGGUCCGAACGAGCGAUUAAACAGGUCAAUAAUAUCAAAAAUAUAUUUGCUCGUCCGGCAUAUUUGUUUUAAUUUUAGACGAGAAGCCCGGAAAAGAGGUUGCACGACGCUUUGACGUCAUCCAACGUCGUAGUUUUGAAAAGGCUCCGUUUUCGACCGUCCACACUAAAGCGAUAUGCCUGCCUUUUCAAAUGUCUCCACUUUUGAGAGCGUUUUCAAAUCAGUUCGUCUUCAUUUGGAAACGCAUCCGUUUUCGAGCGUUUUUCUCUAUCCUUCCCAUUUAUUAAUUUUAAAAAGCCGUUUCAUAACAUGACCACGCGCAGAUACGAAUUUUUUCUUCGAGUGUUGAUGAACCCGGUUUCUUUGACACUUUUCAUUUGUGAGUUUGUGAAUGGUGCGUUCACUGCGCACGUUGAAGAUAUUAUGUUUUGAAACAGAAGAAGCUAGGGUAUUUCAUCAAUGUAUACAAAAUAGAAACCGUUUGGUUUUAAGUCCCGACCACUUUUCAGUAUAUUAGCAGAAAUGACAGAUUUUGGGUCUCUCUGUGGUAUAUACUAAAACAGUUUUAACCUCGGUGUCGGUGAAAAUGAUAGAUGUUAACCUCGCAUAUUUACUUUUCACAUCCACUUCGGUGAAUUAUUUAUAGUUGUUUUAACAGUGUUGUAUGUUUUUUUGUGUUCAGCAUGGAACAGAGUGUCAGUAACACUGCUAAUGUAAAUCAUGCGGCUGAGCUGGACCAAAUCCUCGCCUCUUACAAGGUGCGUCGGCUUAGGUAUCUUAAUGAACGUCCUCGCGUAAACACAGAGUUUAAAAAUAGGAUAGAAUUAUGUUAAGAUAAGGCACUCCAGCUUUAUUAGAAUCAUCGAGAGGUAGCCCGCUGUUACUUUUCCUUUUAAGGUGAACCAGGUACAUGUACCGGAUCAAUAUCAGUACCUGGGCAACUGCCCACCUACCCCUCCCCUAACCCAACAUUAACCCUAACUUGUUAUUAAUUGACUGUGAUCAUGAUCAUGAUCACUCUUUGAAUAUGUCAACUGGCAAGAAGGUGAUGAGAAUUGACGAACCUAUCAGUUGUCUUAAGAUAACAUCAAGCUAUCUUGACCAAGUUUUUGACAGACGUAGGGAAUCACUGUAUUGACUCAAGUGUUUUGAUUCCAUUCAGUUGUCUGGCUUUCCCAUCAACAUGUCCUUUACCGACAUGCCUCCGGUAUCGGAAGCGGUGUUCAGCACUGGCGUGCACUCAAUAGAGGACCCGGAUGUAGAAUUCGCUUUGGCUGUACACAUUCACCCCUACCCCCAGGGGGUGUUUUCGCUGUGGAUUUAUGUGGGAACCUUAAGAAGAAAAGCUGGUUAUUAAACGUGGCCACGCACCUUGUUCCUCUUCC